AUGUCUGCUGCUCCUUACACCGUCGUCGCUACCGACAAUGCUCCUAAGGCUAUCGGCCCCUAUGUCCAGGCCGUCAAGCACAAUGGCAUCAUUUACGCCUCUGGAUCCGUCCCCUUCAUCCCCGAGACCAUGGAGAUCAUCGAGGGUGGAAUCGAGGCCCAAGCUGAACAAAUGUUCAAGAACGUCAAGGCCGUCAUGGACGGGUCCAACACUGACGCCAGCCACGUCCUCAAGACCACCGUCUUCUUGAAGGACAUGGGCGACUUCGCCAAGUUCAACGCCAUCUACGAAAAGUUCUACUCUCCCUACAAGCCCGCUCGAAGCUGUGUCGAGGUCGCCAGGCUCCCCAAGGACGUCUUGUGCGAGCUCGAGUUCAUCGCCAUCGAGAAGAAGUAG